AGGAGGAGGAGGAGGAGGAGCGGAGGAGGAGGGGGGGCGCCGCGGAGGCUGGGAGGGGCUCCUUAAAGCCGCGCCGCCGCCGCCUGGCAUUGUGGCCAGCCCGAAAGCACUCGAGGGGGGGACCCAGGCAGGCAGCGCGGCGCCUCGCCCGGAGGAGCUCCCGCGCACCCCCGCCAGCCCCGCGCGCCCUCCCCCCCACCCGACGCCGGCCAAACUCGGGGGGGAGAGUCGUGGACGGGGGGGUCUUGCCAAGCAGACUAGAAACCGGAUUGCACCGCAAAAAGCCAGGAUAUUUUUUGUCCCCCUCCCAAGGAAACUACAACAACAUAUAUUGGGGCUUUGUUUUGUUACCAGCAUCCAGGAAUUGCUUGCCGGGGGUCCCCGCCCGGUGCCCCCUUCGCUGCUGCCGCCGCCCGGGCUUCUUCCUUUGUGUCUGCUUGGCUCCCCCCCCCCCCCGCCGCCACUGAUCCCAGCGCAGGAGGGAGAGGAGGAGGAGGAGGAAGGCGGUAUCCAGCGGGACGAUGCCCAGCUCGCUGUUCGCCGAGAUGGAGAGGAACGGGGGCGGCGGCGGCGGGGGCGGCGGCGUUGGCGAGACCCUGGACGACCAGCGAGCCCUGCAGCUGGCCCUGGACCAGCUGUCGCUGCUGGGCUUGGACGGCGACGAGCCGGGCUCCUUGUACGACAGCGAGCCGCGCAAGAAGAGCGUCAACAUGACCGAGUGCGUGCCCGUGCCCAGCUCCGAGCAUGUCGCCGAGAUCGUGGGCAGGCAAGGUUGUAAAAUCAAAGCUCUGCGGGCCAAAACCAACACCUACAUCAAGACGCCGGUCCGCGGGGAGGAGCCUCUCUUCGUGGUGACGGGCAGGAAGGAAGAUGUGGCCAUGGCCCGGAGGGAGAUCAUCUCGGCGGCGGAGCACUUCUCCAUGAUCCGCGCCUCCCGGAACAAGAACCCGGUGCUGAACGGCGCCGUGCCCAGCCCGCCCAACCUGCCGGGCCAGACCACCAUCCAGGUGCGCGUGCCUUACCGCGUGGUGGGCCUGGUGGUGGGGCCCAAGGGGGCCACCAUCAAGCGCAUCCAGCAGCAGACCCACACCUACAUCGUCACGCCCAGCCGCGACAAGGAGCCCGUCUUCGAGGUGACCGGCAUGCCGGAGAACGUGGACCGCGCCCGCGAGGAGAUCGAGGCCCACAUCGCCAUGCGCACCGGCGGACUCGUCGAGCUCACCGACGACAACGACUUCCACGCCAACGGCACCGACGUGGGCUUCGACCUGCACGGAGGCAGCCUCUGGAGUAAGCCCACUCCUCCUCCUCCGCCGCCCCCGCCCCCUCCGCCGCCCCCGCCUCCCCCACCCGCCCCGUCCACCGGCAGCAUCCCCCCGACGCCCGGGCGCAAGGCUUUUUGCAGCGGCAGUUAUCGCCACGACAGCUCCAGCUCGCUGGGGAGCGCCUCCUCCGACUCCUUCUUCAACGGCGGCCGCCUGGGCGACUACAGCCCUCCGCUGGGCGGCCCGCCGGGCGUCUACGCGGGCGAGGGGGGGCUGCCGUCGCCCGAGUGCUGCGCGGCCGCGGAGCUGCCGCCCUUCGACUCCCCGCCGGGCUUCGAGGGCGCGCCCCUGCUCUGGGCGCAGCUGGAGCGCGGCAACGUGGCCUUCGCGGCGGGCGGCUCGACGGCUGCGGCGCCCAACUCCAACCUGGCCUUGCUGGUGAGCGGCGCGCAAAGGCGCGGAGGAGGGGGCGGGGGCUCCGCGGCUCCUCCCCCUCCCGUGGCGCGCCUCUCCCCGCCUCUGCACGGAGGCGUGGCGCUGGAGGCCCAUCCCUUGGCGCGCCGCGUGCGCAGCGACCCGGGCGGCCGUCUGCUGGCCUCUUCCUCCUCCUCGUCCUCCUCCUAUCCGCUCUACGCCAACGGGCUGGCCUGCUGCCCCCUGCCCGGCCUGCCGUCCGACUCCUCCGCCUCCUCGUCGUCGUCCUCCUCCUCUUCCUCCAGCUCGUCGUGCUCCUCCUCGGGCCUGCGCAGGAAAGGCAGCCGCGACUGCUCGGUGUGCUUCGAGAGCGAGGUCAUCGCGGCGCUGGUGCCCUGCGGCCACAACCUCUUCUGCAUGGAGUGCGCCAACCGCAUCUGCGAGAAGAGCCAGCCCCAGUGCCCCGUCUGCCACAGCGCGGUCACGCAAGCCAUCCGCAUCUUCUCCUGAGGGCGCGCCCCCGCCCCACCCUACCACGCCCCCCUUCUGCUGCCUCCGAGGUCUUCUUGCAAACGAGGAUGGGUAGGUGACAGGCAUUCGACCUGCCUAUUGCAAACGAGGAUGGGUAGGUACCACAGGCAUUCAACCUGCCUCCAAGGUCUUCUUGCAUACAAGGAUGGAUAGGUUACAGGCAUUAAAGCUGCAGUAUCCGCACAUUCCCCCCAAAGCCCCCUCCCCCCCAAUGAAAUCACACAAGUGGAGGGGGCUGAACCUGUCUUUGCAGGACAGUUGCCAUUUAAUUUAAAAAGUACAUCUAUAUAUAUAUAUAUAAAAAUAUAUAUGAAUAUAUUAUUUUUGCAUUGAGUGUACUGUAGCCUAGAGUGGGUUUCGAGGGGGAUGUUUGUUAACAUCAAAUGCAUGCUAUAAAUAUUAAGGAACGUCAUUCUAGAAAUAUACUACUUUUUACACAUUUAAGGCCAAGCUUCCAAAACAAUCUGUUUCUCUCUGUCUCUUUCUCUUCCUUCUCUCUCUUUUCUGAAUUAAGGUAGGACAUGCAUAUCCGUUAUGAUGUCUCUGUCUUUCUUUCUCUCUUUUCUUUCUCUCUUCUAAAUUAAGGUAGGACAUGCAUAUCGGUUAUGAUGCCGUGUGAACCGUUAGUAUAAAGUGCUGGUAGUUGCUAGAUUGCUUAUGGGGAAAUCUAUGGAUGGAUAACUUUUCUUGAAUGUUUUUGAAAGGGCAAAGAUUUUUUUUUCUUCCUGUGAAAAAUUAAUAAUAAUAAUAAACUAUGAUACUGCAGCUUUAUCAAAGAGAAAAAAAGAAGAAAAAAAGGAAACUGUAACAUAUCUCUUAUAUAUAUUAAAAAGCGUUUAAAGGUUUUAAAGAUAAAAAUUGCAUUAAUACAGAUUGAAGUAUUUUAUUCUUUUUUGACUUGAAAAAAUUAUAUUUCAUAUUGCAAAGAUGUUUACAAGUAUUUUAAUUUAAGUUCAGUGAACUUUUUUGUAGCUGGGUUAAAUCUUUUUUAUUUUUUAGUAUGGCCUUAUGGGCAAAGAACACUGUAUUAUUUUAAUAUCACACAAAUUGUGAAUGGAAUUGCAAAACCAUAAAAUGUGUAAUACUUUGAACAGUAUUCUGUUGGGAUGGAGAUUUUUAUAGGUUCAAGAAAAAAAAUCUUUUAAAUCUGCUUCACCCAGCAUAUUUUCUAUUCAGUGAUAUAAAGCAUAUUUUAUUCUAUAUUAUUACAAAAAAUUGAAAUGUUUUAAGCAUACGGUCAAAAGGAAUUGUUGAUGCUUUCUAACAUUUGUAUAAAUAGAAUUCGGUGGAAAUUACAAAAAAAAUUCUGUUGCACCACUACAGUUUAGUAUUUCUAUUUUAAUACAUUUGUUUACCACGUUUAUGUAUAUGUAGGUGAUGUUACUUGAUCUUAAAUGUACUUUACUGAGCAAAGUUUAAAAACAAAAAAUAUAUUUUAUUUUAUGAUAAAGGGCCUUUAACCUCAUGGUCAAAUACUAAUAUUAUAUUUGCUGAGACAAGAUUUGAAAUUGUAUCAAGAGUUUUAUUUUUCUGACAUUUAAAGUGCUACAUAAUAAAGGUGAAACUUAAGUAAUGGUGCUACUUCAUGUUUUUUUAAGUAUUUCUAUAUAAAUAAAAUAAAAUAUUACAGAAAGUA